AUGCUUGCAACUUGGUUCCUCGUGCUUGUGGCCUUAGGGCUGGGCUUGGCCAGAGCAGGCCCUGUCCCUAUUUCCACCUCAACCAGGACAGGCUGUGACAUUGGAAAGUUCAAAUCUCUGCCGCCAACGGAAUGGAAAGCCUUCAAGAAAGCCAAAGAUGCCUUGGAAAGUUCACUGAAAACCCGGAGCUGCUGCUUCAGCCCCUUCCCCAGGAACUGGGAACUGACACGGCUGCAAUUAUGGGAGCGCCCUGUGGCCUUGGAGGCUGAGCUGGCCCUGACACUGAAGGUCCUGGAGACCAUGGCUGACUCAUCUCUAGGGGACAUCCUGGACCAGCCCCUUCACACACUGCACCACAUCCACUCUGAGCUCCAGGCCUGUAUCUUACCUCAGCCUGCAACAGACACCAGGCCCCAUGGCCUCCUCUACCACUGGCUACACCGGCUCCAGAAGGCCCCCCAAAAGGUGUCUCAAGAAUGCCUUGAAUGCACUGUCACAUUCAACCUCUUCCGCCUCCUCACACGGGACCUGAAUUGUGUAGCCAAGGGAGAUCUGUGUGUCUGA